UUCCUGGCUUUUUGUUUGUUUUUGUCCCGGCACACAAAACAAAAACUCCUCCGGGGACUGCUGUGGCAAGGGCAAGUGCAGGAGGCAGAGCAAUGACAGAAGAGAGGUGUCUCAAAGGAGCACAAUAUGUUGGUGAAAUUAAAGGUGGCCUGAGACCAGCUAUGAAACUCACCAUCAUAGGAAUGGUACACUCCAACCCCAAGAGCUUUUCAGUGACUCUGCUCUGUGAUCCAGUGGAUGUGAACAAAGAUGUUGGGCUGUUAUUUACAGUUAACUUUAGUGACAAGUCCAUCACCCGAAAUGCACGAAUUGCUGGGAAAUGGGGAAAGGAAGAGAAGACUAUUCCCUACUUCCCAUUUACAGCAGGUGACACAUUUAAGAUGGAGCUCUUGUGUGAACACCAGCAGAUACGAGUCCUGCUUGAUGGGCGGCAGCUCUGUGACUUCACUCACCGCAUUCAGCCCCUCAACUUGGUGAAGGCUUUGCAGAUCACAGGGGACAUCAAGCUUACCAAAGUAGCUUGAAAAAAAAGAUGGCAUUAUCACCAGAGGACAGAGGCAAAUGUACUUUCUCCUGUCUGAUAAAUGUUUUAGAUUUUUCUUCUGGCUAAUUCUGGAGAGUGGGAACUCUAUCUUUUUAAUUUUCUCAUGUGUUUGGAACAUACACUUCUUUUCUCAUACACACUCAGGAAUUGCAGAGCUAUGGCUGGUCCCCAUAAAUCAGAAGGCCUUUUCUGAGAUACUCUUUUGGCCUCCCAAACUGCAAGAUUUAUGAUGCUAUUUCACAUCCUCAUGGUUCCCUAACCCCUAAGUACGCCAGCUGGUGGAGGUCAUUCCUCUGCAGGGGGGUGGCUGUUACCUUUGUGACAAGAACUGGGCAGUAUCCAGGUGUUGGGACUGAGAAAAGAGAAGCAGAUUUCCUUAUAAGUGAGCAAGGGAGUCUGGUGGGCCCCAGCAAGGCUCACAUUAUCAGGAGGGAAUUGCUUUUCCUGGAAGCUCUGCUCAGCCAGCACAAAGCCAUUUUGUGCUUCCCAGUACAACAAAUGCCUUACCACCAUCCCUGUCUCUUGCAGGUAGCAUUCUCAUGAUUUAAAAGCUUUCAACAGCUGUGGAUUUCACAGUCUCCUCUGGACCAGCCUUAGGAAAUGGUAUCCGUAGCUGAAACUGCAUUGCCAUUCUUGUGUCUAAUUAAAACUGCAUCUUUACUGGCAAAUGUCUUUUACUAGCUCUCUUAAAUAUUUGAAUGCACAGGAGUGUUGUACUGUUAUUUCGUUGCUAUAGAUUUAGAAAAAAGCCCUAAAUACAUAGCUGUUUUAAUACAUAUAUAAGCAUUUAUCAUAACUGCUGCCUUUGGCUCUGCUUGGUCUAGAUUGUACCACAGAAUG